CGUCAACUGGUGUCACUUUUCUUACGCUGCGUUUUACACGCGUCUUAAAAGAGCAACGUUAUUAAACGUCAGAUGCAUACAUUUGUUCAAGUCGCUCGGUAUUAUGCAAUAUCAAUACUAUAAUCUAAAAAGACGGCACGAUUCAUAAAUACAGUUUAUAUAACAGGAACAAUGUGGGAUAUUCGCGUCAACUCGCUACGUGAUACUGGACGAACACCAUUACGGCUUAAGAGUAUCGAAUGCAGCUUCGAAACAAGGCAAAUGUGACCAUUGUAAGAGGUGAAAAAGGACUGUGUAAACUGACUAUGAAAUGAAUGGACAAUAAUUACCAUAAUGGCUUGUGUAUCGAGAAGAAGUAGCGCAUUGAGAUUGCUCCCAAAUGGCCGCCUUUGCGGCAGAAAUGAAACUAGGCAUACGUAUCAGGCUAUAAUGGCUCACAGUGUAACACAAAUGAUUGUUGUCAAUUGUUAAUAUUAUUACUAAUAAUAAAACGGCAUUCGACUUCACAAAUACUUCUUUGCUGGAUGUUUUCACUUUAAGAGUAAAGCUUUUAGAGGGAAAAAUGCAUGGCUUUAGGGGAAUUGAUAGCUGUUUUUUUUUUUUUUUUUUUAAAUAGCUAACUAUCAGGAUAUUGAGGACAUAAUUUGUAUAGCUGUAGGUGAAAAGAUGAUUUCAGGCGAAAUUCUGAGUUUAAAGUAAACUGAAUUUACGUAAAAUGAAUGAAUUUCAGUUGUCUUGCCGAAAAAGCAAAUGGGACCAACAACGCAUUAGCAUUAGCGUCGAUGCUAUAGCUAGGUUUCACUACUUGUUAACGUUUAAACUUUGCUCUCAAUUCACAAAAUUAAUACAUAGCAACGCUUUUGGAGGUUAAGUGGUCUAUUGCGUGAUCUAGCGCAAUGGUUAUGCAAAACUCUACAAAUAAUUCAAUCGACUUGAAGUGGAGAUUCUUUGAACCUUAAGGUUGGGUUAUAUAACUAACUCGCUUUGAUGACUUUAAAAGAGGCUUUUCGGGUUCAUUCUGUCCUACCACGUUUCUGGGUGGACGUAGAGGUCAAUUCAACUCCCUGUGCAAGCGCAGAAGGGAGACCUGCAACCACUCCACAGGUUCAGGGACGUUGAGGACAGCUCAGCCGGAGGCUUUAGGGUGGCAGUCAGAAAUAAAGAGCAUGGAGCACCUUCAGACGCUUCCGACCGACGAAGACGUCAAGUGGGACAAGCUGCUGGACAACAUCCUGAAGUCGGCCGAUGCCAUUCUGUGGGGCGCCUCGCCUGCCACCACCACCCAAGCGAUCAUUAAAGAAGAGCUCCAGCCUUUACCCACUUCCCCCACCGCUGCAGAGCCUCAAGUGGUGGUGGACUUGCUGCCUCUGGGAAGUGGGCAAGAGCCACUAACAGAUGGGCAGCCCGUGGAUGUGGAAGAUGAAUUUGCCAAUGUUCUGGAUGACUUUUGGUUGCCUGACUACCUGGGUGGCCAACCGGGAUCCAUCAAUAUCCAAGAUCAGAAAAACGUCACGGUGAUGCCAACGCACGAAAGUGUGAACCAGCCUCUUCUUCGUCUUAAAAGCGAGGUGAUGAGUGGGGCGGCAUCCUCUGAUUCCAUUGAUCCUCCAUCAGAUGCUUCACUGAGCAUUGAUAGUAGUAGUAGUCAAAGCCAAUAUUGCGGCUACAGCCAGCAGGAUUUGGAUCGGCCAUAUGUCAAGAAGCCGCCCAACGCCUUCAUGCUGUUCCGCAAAGAGCAGAGUCCCAACGUCGUUGCCCAGUUCAACAUCACCAACUCUGCUGUGGUCAAUAAAAUCCUUGGCAAGAUGUGGAAGUCGCUGCCAAAGAAGCUGCAGGCAAAGUACUAUCAGCAAGCUGAAGAGCACAAAAUCCUCCAUAGCCUGCAGCAUCCAGACUGGUCCUGCACGGAAAACUAUGGCAAAAAGAGGAAGCGCGAUCGCAGCAGAAACAGCACCAGCAACUCAAGUAAGUUAUGUGACCGGCGUUCCACAUCAGGUACAUAUGAGCAAAUGGCGUGUUGUUACCCCAACCCAUGCAAAGAGGCAGUGGAGGAUGUCAGCCCGGCGGUGGAACGUUGCUGCUCCGCCAUGAGCCAAGCCAGCGGCGAGGAGCUGUCAUGCCAUCACUACCAUAAGAACCUUGUGGGGGAAACACAUACGUACGCCCAUACACGCGGCUGCUGACAGCGCCUCGGAACGAUUUCACGCUCUUACCCCAGCUAUAACAUUAGAGGACAUGGUGCAGGUCAGGAGAUGACACAUUGAUGAGUGGCGCUGGCUGGGAAGAGGAUGAGGAACAGCAACAGACACGACACUGCUGCACUGCGUGAGGGAAAAAAAAACGUAGCAACUUCAGGGAAAAAAAGAAAUGGAAUUAAUGGAUGAAUAAAAAUAUUUUCAUAGGCCACUCAAAAUAACUAGUGGUCACCUGACUGAAGCACAUUUAUAAUAAGCCAGAUAAGCCAGAGAUGGAUUUUUUUUUCUUGAGAAAAAGUGCUCUGGAAAAUACACAACUAAGUAUAUACAUGGCUCAAAAAAAUAAAGGGAACACUAAAGGAACACGUUGUAGAUCUGUAUGAAUGAAAUAUUUUUUAUGAAAUACGUUAGUAGUUGAAUGUGCUGACAACAAAGCCACACAUUAUCCAUGAAAAUCAAGUGUUUCAACUCAUGGAGGGCUGGAUUUGGAGUUAUACUCAUCAUUAAAGUGGAAAAACACUGCUAAAGGCUGAUCCAAUUUUGAUGUAAUGUGCUUUAAACAAGUCAAAAUGAGGCUGAGGCUCAAUAGUGUGUGUGGCCUCCCUACAACCCUGGAUAUGCUCAUGAUGUGGCGGAUGUUCUCCUGAGGGAUCUCCCAGAUCUGGACCCGGGCAUCGCUGAGCUCCUGGUCAGUCUGAUGAGCAACCUGUUGGCCUGUAGGAGAUUCCAAGAGAUCUGUAGUUACUCUAGGAUAGCUGAUUAUUGCUGUAGAAGGUCCUUAAACCCUCAGCAGGAUUGGUAUCCACUCCUUUGUUCAAGGAGGAACGGGAUGAGCCCUACAAAAUGACCUCCAGCAGGCCAGUAGUGUGAAUGUUUCUGGCCAAACAAUCAAACGUGCUCCAUGAGGAUGGCCUGAGGGCCCGACAUCAGUAGUGAGCCCCAUGCUCACUGCCCAUCACCAUCCAGCUCGAGUGGCAUAUGCCAUAGACCACCAGAAUUUGCAACUACGCCACUGGCGCUGCGCUCUUCAAUGAUGAAAGCAGGUUGAACCUGAACACAUGGGACACGUGAAAGCGUCCGGAUAUACUGUGGAGAAUGUUAUGCUGCCUGUAACAUCAUUCAGCAUGACCGGUGUGGUGGUGGGUCAGGGGAGGCAUAUCCCUGGGAGGACACACAGACCUCUACAGGUUAGAUAAUGGCACCUUGACUGCUGUUAGGUAUCGGGAUGAAAUCCUUGGACCCAUUGUCAUAAGCUACGCUUGUACAGUGGGCCCGGAGUUCCUCCUGGUCAACGACUGCCUAAUCUCAUGUGGCUGGAAUAUGCACGCAGUUCCUGAAGGAAGACUGAAAUGAUAAUUGACUGGCCCGUUUUCCUUACCUAAAUCCAAUAGAACAUCUCUGGUGCCGCCAGGUUGAUCCUCACACUGUCCAGGAGCUCAGUGAUACCCUGGUCCAGAUCUGGGAGGGAGAUCCCCCAGGACACCCCCCGUCAUCUCAUUAGGAGCAUGCCUAGGCGUUGUAAGGAGGUCAUACAGGCACGCAGAGGCCUCAGUUUGACUAAAGGACAUUACAUAAGGUUGGAUCAGCCUGCAGUGUGUUUUUCCACUUUAAUUUUGAGUAGAACUCCAAAUCCAGACCUCCAUAGAUUGAUCCUUUUGAUUUUCAUUGAUAAUCUUUAUGUGAUUUUGUUGUCAGCACAUUCAAUUACGGAAAAAAAACAAAAGUAUUUAAUAAAAAUAUUUCCUUCAUUCAUAUCUACAUAAUGUUACUUUAGUUUUUCCUUUAUUUUUUUAGCAGUGUAUUAUGUAUUUUUUUUAUAUGUACUACUUCUCUUUCAGGUCUUUAUAAUGAUUUUUAAUAAUGGCGCUCACAACUUCCAUACAAAAAGAACCCCAAGAUACAUUCAUGCUUUUUUUUUUUUUUUAAUAAAAAAAAUUCAGUGUUUGAAAAAAAAAAACAACAGAAAAUCUUGAAACACAAACACACCUAUGUUUAUAUAAGGCGGAAAACACUCAGGUGACUUGAAGUUCCGCUCUGAGACCCCCACUUUAGCCAACUUUCAAAAUUGUCCGAUAUGCAUGUGUGACACAUCAUUGGAAAGCUUAAAAUCUCUAUUUUCUGGGUGAAGAAAAAUUUUGGACAGGAGGGCAUUUAAAAAAAUUUAAACAGCAAAACCCUACCUGGAGGAGAUAGCACGCGAGAGCAGAAUUAAAGACGCCAUGACUUUAAUGAGAUAUUAUCGCGUACUUACCUUGUUUCGAUCCAAAAACUCCACGUAGCUUGCAUCACUGAGUGUCAACACACAGCUAUGAAUGGCCACAGUUGGAUUUUGGGGGGAUUUUAUUGGUGAAACAUGGCCAUAUAACAAGGGUCGCGAUGCAGAAAUCGCAGACAUCAAUGAGUGGUAGAAAUGUUGUUUUUCAUAUAUUUAGCCUUUUAAACUUUUUUCAAUUUUUCUUUGUCUGGAUCGAUUAUUUAUCAUCUAAGAUAUCGGGGAAAAUGCGACAGUAACGAAAAAAUACAAUUAAGCGAUAGUUAUGAGGUAGAUAUCCGUGACUUUUUUACAGACGCCAAUUUUUUCAUUGUGACGUAAUUUGUUUAAAAGUUUAAAAUGUGCGA